AUGAACUUAGCCGAGGACAACAAAGGGAAGAGGUGUCUGAAGACUUGGAGAUUGUGAUUGAAUCACCUGUCGAUGAAGACAUCCGAAAGAACUUCCACGUACACACCGUUGGUAAGCCUUGUAGCAGUGCUAAAACCGUGUCAAGAAAAUCUGUUGAAGCUUAUGUUCACCUCAAGACGAUAGCAGAUAAGUUACAUCUGUCUGGUGGUACUGUCGAUCUUCUGAUUGGAACUGACUUCGUCGAUGUCUUUGCUGACAUCCAUACAAACAGCGGUAAUCCAGGGGAACCAAUGGCGAAAAGG